UCUUCAUAUGAAAUAGCCUGCUUUGUUGAAAAUUCUGUGUUUUAAUGAAGACCCGUGUAAGCAUAGGAUGUUCGGGUCACCUGCUCUCCUGAAAUUGUUCUUAAUUGCUUUAAAAAUAAUUCAAUAGCAGUAUUGAUUAUAAUUAUGUUUUAAUUCUGAAAAAUUGCUUUCAUUAGGCAAGGGACAUUUACACCUGGAUACUCAGGAGGCAUUUAAAUAACUAGCCAUUUCAAAUUGCUAACAGGUAUUAGGACAUGGCUAGUUGUCUUUAUUUCUGCAUGUGGAUCCUUUAUAAACCAUAGAUGUGUUUCACGGUGUGUUUCACAGGAUGGAUUCAUUCAGGUUGGUGUGUGCAGUGUUUGCUUCUGAGAGCCAAAUUUAUGGUUUGAUUUUUUUUUUUUUUUUUUUUUUUGUUAAUUUUAAGGGCAAAGUUUUUCGUGUCUAUUGACUCAACUGCCUUAGCACAGCCACAGUGAAAAAGUUGUAAAUGAUGGCUAUAAAAUGCUGAAUUCUGAAGAAAAAAUACUUGUUCUUUGAGAGCAGUAGGUAUUCGGAGAAGCAAAUAAAUUGCUCAGUAGGUGAGGGGGUUUUGUGUUUUAUUUCUCAGUGUUGGGCAUGGAAAAGCUAUCAAGUGGAAGAUUGUUGAAGUAGAGCUAAUCUGAAUAUUAAAUAGGAAUUUGUAAAGGUCUUCUGCUUAGGGUGGAUUUUGUUGAGAAUAUUGAUUAGUGGCUUUGCGUACUGUAAAGGUUGCUAAGGGAGAUUUGGGUGGAGGUAGUGGGCUAGGGAAGGUCAUUGAGAGGUUGGAUGCAAAACAGGCCAUUUCUGGACUUGUAAUCUUUGUCAGAUGUGAUAGACUGUCAUAUACGGAAUAAAUGGUACUUUGGAAACAACGGCUCAGUAAUUUUAGAUGACACUAAUAAGACAAGUUUUUGUUUCCUCUUCCAUUCUCACUGUUCUGGAUUAUCAGAAUUGAAUUUUCAGAAUUCCGAAAUUGAAUUUACCUUAGCUGUUUCCGGUGUCACUUUAAAAUAACAAACCUUUCUCUUCCUCUUUUUAUUCCAAAGUAAUAAGGAAGUUCUACAGGACAUAAUUCAUUCCUCCAAAUCAUGAAAUUAAUGCAAUAUGUAUCUUUUCUAUAUAGAAAAGGUGAGUUUAGGGUGUGAAAUCGCAUGCAUUCACAUGUGCAGCAUUCUCUCUGCUUAUAGUUGUGCCAGACUUUGAUGUGGAUUAAAAAAAAAAAAAGAAAAAACCCAUUUUAAAAAUAGUUAGAUGAGAUCUUUUUUCAGGUGAAAUUUAAAAAUAUUUAUAACAUUUCUGUUUGAAUUUAGAAAUGUCAGUAAGUUACUGGAUAAAUGACUAGACUGAAAUAAUUUCAUUAAAAAAAACCCUUUCAUUUAAGCUGUAACGUAUGGCCCUUUUUAAAGGUGUUGGAAGGAUUAAGUUUUUAGGUUUUGUGAUUACUUGAUUUAUUUUUCAAGUCAGCCCCUGGAAUUUGUGGAAGUCGAGAAUUAAGGGCAGAGAGCAGAGUUUGGUUGUGAAGGAACACGAAUUGCUCUGAAGGACUUAAGACUGUGCAAAAAAGAUGUUUCCUUUAAAAGACACAGAGAUGGGUGUCUCCACCUUUUUUGCUUCUGCUCUGCCACAUGAUGUUUGUGGAAGUAAUGGACUUCCUCUGACACCUAACUCCAUCAAAAUUUUGGGGAGAUUUCAAAUCCUUAAAACAAUCACCCAUCCCAGACUUUGCCAGUAUGUUGACAUUACCAGAGGCAAACAUGAGAGACUGGUUGUGGCAGCUGAGCACUGUGAGGAGAGUCUGGAAGAUUUGCUACGAGAAGGAAAGCCAGUCAGUUCUUCAAGGAUCUUAUGCAUAGCAUAUGAAGUUUUGCAAGGUUUGCAAUGUAUGAACGAACAUGGAAUGGUCCACCGAGCUCUCUCCCCUUGCAAUAUUCUUUUGGAUCGAAAGGGACAUGUGAAAUUGGCUAAAUUUGGACUCUACCAUAUGACUGCUCAAGGUGUUGAUGUUGAUUUUCCUAUAGGGUACCCAUCAUAUCUGGCACCUGAAGUAAUUGCGCAGGGAAUAGUCAAACCAAAUGAUCAUACUCAGUGUGAGAAGCGUCUGCCUUCUGGCCCUAAAUCAGAUCUGUGGUCUCUUGGUAUAAUAUUAUUUGAGCUUUGCAUGGGGAGAAAAUUAUUCCAGAGUUUGGAGAUAGCAGAAAGAUUGAAAUUUAUAAUUACGUUAGGUUGUGUAGAUGAUAUUGUAACUGUAUUGGCAGAAGAACAUGGUUGCCUUGAUAUUAUUAAGGACCUUCCUGAAAAUAUCACAGCUUUACUGAAGAAAUGCCUUACAUUCCAACCUUCUAAGAGGCCAAUUCCAGAGGAAUUGCUGCAUGACAGCUUGUUCAGUGAAUUAUCUUCAGUAUAUCCUCUCUUCCACAAACCUGCUGGUCUGUUCUCAUCUUCUCCAAGAUGUGCUAAUUUAACACUUCCUGAAGACAUAAGUCAAUUAUGUAAAGAUGAAGAUAAUGAUUACCUAGCAGAAAGAUCAAUUGAAGAGGUUUAUUACCUGUGGUGUUUGGCUGGAGGAGACUUGGAGAAAGAACUUGUCAACAAGGAAAUCAUUCGAUCAAAGCCACCUGUCUGCACACUUCCCAACUUUUUAUUAGAAGAUGGUGAGAGCUUUGGGCAAGGACGAGAUAGAAGUUCCCUCCUAGAUGACACGACUGUGACUUUGUCUCUGUGCCAGCUCCGAAACAGACUGAAAGAUGUUGGUGGGGAAGCAUUUUAUCCACUGCUUGAAGAUGAACAGUCAACUUUACCUCAUUCAAAUAGUAGUAAAGAGCUGUCUGCAGCUGCUAGUCUUCCUCUCAUCAUCCGGGAGAGGGACACAGAGUACCAGCUAAAUAGAAUUGUCCUGUUUGACAGGCUGUUGAAGGCCUACCCAUAUAAGAAAAACCAAAUUUGGAAAGAAGCCAGGGUCGACAUCCCUCCUCUUCUGAGAGGCAUAACCUGGGCUGCCCUGUUGGGUGUUGAGGGUGCCAUACAAGCAAAAUAUGAUGCCAUUGAUAAAGACACACCGAUUCCUACAGAUAGACAAAUUGAAGUUGAUAUUCCUCGUUGCCAUCAGUAUGAUGAAUUGCUGUCAUCACCAGAGGGUCAUGCGAAGUUUAGACGUGUGUUGAAGGCCUGGGUCGUUUCCCAUCCUGAUUUGGUGUACUGGCAAGGUCUUGACUCUCUGUGUGCACCAUUUCUGUACUUGAAUUUUAACAAUGAAGCUUUAGCAUAUGCCUGCAUGUCUGCUUUUAUCCCCAAGUAUUUGUAUAACUUCUUUUUGAAGGAUAAUUCUCAUGUUAUUCAAGAAUACCUGACAGUGUUUUCCCAGAUGAUUGCAUUCCAUGAUCCAGAGCUGAGUAACCACCUUAAUGAAAUUGGUUUUAUUCCAGAUCUUUAUGCUAUUCCUUGGUUUCUUACAAUGUUCACACAUGUCUUUCCUUUGCACAAAAUUUUUCACUUGUGGGAUACAUUACUGCUUGGAAAUUCCUCUUUCCCGUUCUGUAUUGGAGUUGCAAUACUUCAACAGCUGAGGGAUCGUCUUCUGGCUAAUGGAUUCAAUGAAUGCAUUCUUCUUUUUUCAGACUUGCCAGAGAUUGAUAUUGAGCGUUGUGUUCGUGAGUCAAUCAACCUGUUUCGCUGGACCCCAAAGAGUGCUACAUACAGGCAAUAUGCGCAGCCUCCACGGCAAGCCAGUGAGAGCAACGGCACAAGAAGUUCCAUGUCCUGCUUUUCAGCUGACUAUCAGGAAGCACCUCGAAGUGACCUAUCUAGGGAUUCCAUCAAGUUGGAUGACCUGAAGGCAGAGGUGUCACCACGAAUUUCGGCAGAAGAUCUGAUUGAUUUGUGUGAGUUGACAGGACCUAGUCAUUCCAAAACACCUGUGAAGAAAACAAAGUCUAGCAAGCCAAAGUUGCUGGUGGUGGACAUCCGUAACAGUGAAGACUUUAACCGUGGCCACAUUUCUGGCAGCAUCAAUGUCCCGUUUGCAUCAGCAUUUACUGCAGAAGGAGAUCUUGUCCAGUGCCCAGCAACUGCCACACUCCAGAGCUUUAAAGGAAGAGUUGUGGUGAUUGUAGGAAAUGCAGUGAAGAACACAGCUGCUUUUGCAGCUCAUCUAGUGAAAAACAAGUACCCAAGGGUGUGCAUCCUAGAUGGAGGAAUCAACAAGAUCAAGCCAACUGGUCUCCUCACUGUUCCUUCUCCGCAAAUUUAAGUGACUGUAAAUGUUCAGGACAAUCUGUCUGAGUAUGGAAGUCUUACCAUACAAGAUGGAUAUCCCAAACCCAAAGGGCAUUAUGGCAUCUUCACUAUACAAGCUAUCAUGGUGAUCAGUGUCUUAUCCUGCAGAUCUAGAGCACAGGAGCUUUGUGUUUAUUCUUUGAUAUAGAGCUUCAGUUGGAACAGAUGAAGACUGUGAAGCUUCAAGCUUUCCAAGAAACCUUUUUCAGCAUUGGUGUAGUGCACAAGUAGUUGAGCAAGUCUGGACACAAAAAGAGUAACUCAGCUGACAUUUGGUAUCUUAUAAAUAUUUAUGCAGAACAAAGUAAACUAUCAUUUGAUGGCUCUAAGCUGCAUUUAAAUAGAUUAUUUUUCAAAAGUAUUUUACUGUGAAUAUUGAAAGUUACAAGCUGAAACUGUAGCCUGUGUGUAUCCUGUGAGAAAAGUGUGUUCUUGAAUAUUUUAAAGAGUAAUUGCUGUAUCUUGUGACCUACUUUCUUUUUGAGAAAGCAUUUUUUCAUCUGGAUUGGAAAUAAAGAUGUGUCCCGGGUUGGAAGUCACUGUAA